CAAGGGGGACGGGGCUAGCCGGACCUCUGCUUGGGCGCGCGAAGAUGACAUCACUCGGCGCGUGCCCGGGUAGCCCGUGGUAGCACCCAGUCUGAGGAAGUGGAGACCCGCGGGCAGGCGGCUGAGACAGGGGACUGAAAGUUGUGGAACCCCAAUUUGUGACAUCAGGUGUUUUUUGGAAAGCAGCGGGACUGAUAGGAAGCCCCUUCUGAGAUUUUACCAAAGUUCUUGAACAGUACUACCAUGGACAUAAAGCUGGAUCCCUCUCGAGAUGACCUGCCUCUCAUGGCCAACACCAGCCACAUACUUGUGAAACACUAUGUAUUGGAUUUAGAUGUGGAUUUUGAAAGUCAAAUCAUUGAAGGCACCAUAGUGCUUUUCUUCGAGUCUGGAAACAGAUUCAAGAAAUGGAGUAGUUCCACCGAGGUAGCCUGCCGAUCAGAGUCAAACGAAGCCUGCCGAUUUAGGAUGCCUGAACCCUGUCAGAUUCCUGUGACAAGUACAAAGACCUUCUCAUCUAAAAUAGGAUAUGAUGAUUUUGUAAUCUGUGGUAAAGGUGGAAAAGACACUUCUGGGAAAGAUGGUAACCAUGGCAACCAGGAACAGGCUUCUGGGAUUUCUAGCUCCAAGCACUGCUGUGACGCAGGGAAUCAUGGGAGUGAGGAGUUCUUGCUAGUGCUGGACUGCUGUGACUUAUCUGUGCUGAAGGUUGAGGAGGUGGAUGUUGCUGCUGCGCCAGGUAUUGAAAAGUUUACGAGGUCUCCCGAGCUCAGGAAUCAGAUUGUACAUGACCUCGUGGCUCUGCCUGCAGAUCGCUGGAGGGAGCAGUUAGACUGUUAUGCUCGCUGCAGCCAGGCCCCUGGCUGCGGGGAACUCCUGUUUGACACUGACCCUUGGAGCUUGCAGAUCAGGAAGACAGGGGCUCAGACAGCUACUGACUUUCCUCAUGCCAUAAGGAUACGGUACAGAACCAAACCCCAGGGGCGAUCAGUCACAUGGACCUCAGACCAGAGUGGCAGGCCAUGUGUUUAUACUGUGGGAUCUCCCAUAAACAACAGGGCCCUUUUUCCAUGCCAGGAGCCACCCGUUGCCAUGUCAACAUGGCAGGCUACAGUUCGAGCAGCUGCAUCCUUUGUUGUUUUAAUGAGCGGGGAGAAUUCUGCGAAGCCAACACAGCUUCGGGAAGGCUACUCAAGUUGGUAUUACUACGUCACCAUGCCAAUGCCAGCCUCCACCUUCACAAUUGCAGUGGGAUCCUGGACAGAAGUGAAGCCGGAGAUCUGCUCACCAAAUGAUCUGGCAAUAGAGAGAUCCUCCUCACCUUCUGAAGCUGACUUCAGGUAUGUUGGCUUUUGUGGUCACAUGGAAUACCCCUGCCGCUUCCAGAAUGCUUCUGCCACCACCCAGAAGAUCAUUCCUCAUCGGGUCUUUGCUCCAGUGUGCCUGAAGAGUGCCUGCCAGGAGACCCUUCUGCCGCUCAUCCCUCCUUGCCUCUCCGCAGCAUACUCUGUCCUGGGAACACACCCAUUCUCCAGGCUGGAUAUACUCAUUGUCCCUGCCAACUUUUCAAGUCUGGGGAUGGCCAGCCCACACAUCGUCUUCCUCUCUCAGAGCACCUUGACUGGAAUGAGCCAGCUCUGUGGGACCCGUCUCUGCCAUGAAAUUGCUCAUGCCUGGUUUGGCCUGGCGAUUGGGGCUCGAGACUGGACAGAGGAGUGGCUGAGUGAAGGGUUCGCCACUCACUUGGAAGAUGUGUUCUGGGCCAAGGCACAGCAGCUGGCCCCCCACGAGGCGCAGGAGCAGCAGGAGCUGAGGGCUUGCCUGCGCUGGCAUCGCCUCCAGGACGAGGUGCAGAACUCCCCGGAGGAAAUGCAGGUGUUGAGAUACCCCAUGGCCUUGAAAUAAUGGACCAAGAACAAUUUAGAAGUCUUAGUUUCACAUUGCCAGAUGCAACGGAAACUUCAACUUACCUUUGCAACAACUUUCAACAUGGUUGACCACUCUUUCUAAAAACACUUUCUUCUCUUGGCUUCUAUGUCACACUCUCCUUGAUUACCUUCUGCUUCACUGCUGGUCCUUCCUCACCUCUCCUGCUGGCUAUUUAGCAUCUUCCCUUAGGUGACUCAUGGUUCCGAAAGACUGGUUAAGGUGUCCAACAUCAUAUAGCUGAUUAAGGGCAGAGUGGGGAUUGAAAUAAUCCUCUUUUCCCUACUCUAUCUCCCUGCCUCUGAAGAACUCAAUAUAGCAUUUAGUUGCGGUUUAAAAAAAAAAAGAAAGAAAGAAAGAAAACUCCAGGCAUCCUGAACUGUGGAAGGACCUGAAGGUUGUGUUGAGAAAAGAAUUCUUAGACCAAAGCAUCUUUGUGUUUUCACACAUAAGAGUGCAUCUGAUUAUUUCAGUCAAUAUAGGGAAACAGCAAAUUCAAUAUUGUGUUGAUGAUAUUAAAGGAGUAUUAACAAAGUGAGAAGAGAAAAAUUAAAAUUAUGCUUGUCUCUGACUUGCUAAUUUCAGUAAUUUAUAAGACCUGUUCCAUGAGUGCCUUCCAUAUACCCAGUGUUGAAUUACGGCUCUCAUCAAAUGUGUCUUAAAUUGACCUAGUGGUAAGUUUUAUUUGGUUACAGCAGUUCCUUGUGUUUUCCUAGCUUUCUCAGCCUUCACUGGCUGGGGAGCCUGUAACGUGCCUGCAGGCUCCUAAGGCAUAGUUUCAAAAGGCUAGGGUCACAUUACUACUGGCUCCAUGCCUUUUCUCAUUUGUUAAUUAUUAAAAUGCCUUUCCCAUAGACGAGACCCCAGUGGCUGUCUCCAGACCCUCCCUCACCUCUCCACCACUCCGGGCAGAACCGUUCACCCUGCAAAGCCUGAUCUUAUUGCCUUUCCACUCUCCCCGGCCUGGCGGCCACCGCUUUACUCUCUCUUAUUCCUUUCCCCAACCCCCGGCCUAAAAGCCCCUCCCUGUCCAGUGCAGCAGCCCUGACUCUUGACAAGCAAGGUGCCUUCUGAAAGGCUCCCGUGCCUCUGGUCUCCAGGGUAUAGCUGCAUCCGGCCUCUUCUAAGUGCGUUCAGUCAGCGCAUCAUGACUGGUCAGCGGGAUGGAAGAGCUACGGUGGCAGGGUCAGAAGAAAUCUCUGUUGGUUUUUAUUGUUUGUGAUUUAUUAUCACUUCCCCCCUUUUCUGGAUUCAUUGUUAAAAGUCAAGCUCGUGCUGAGAAAACCUUAAAAUAUAUCACGUUGAAGAGGUGCUGACAAGCCCAGAGUCUGACGUGGCUCUUUCUAGCUACUGCCUCCACAGUUGAUACGGUUCUAGGGAAAUGUGAGCUCUUUUUCUAUCUUCCUCGUGAAUCCCUCGCUGCUCCCCCCCCAUUACAAAGACAUGCCAUAAUAAGAGGAAACCCUUCAAGUCUGUAACUCUAUCUAUGGCCAAAAUGGAAUGUUCCUGCCACGAGUCCUGUGAAUUUGCACAGUACCUAAGCACUGUUUUCCAUUUUUCCCUUAAAAGCCUAUGUAUAAACCUUCUCUAGUAUGCAUGAAGUCUUCACCUUUAAAGUUUUUUUCAAAAUUCUUAUUUCUAAUCCUUCAAGAACACAGCAGUCUUUUCCCACCCACGUGUGGGAACGUGUCCAUCCAUAGCCACACAAGCCUUUCUCAUGGAAAAACUCCAGCCCAGAGUGUCAGUCUUCACCACUGCCCCUCCGCCCUGAGCCUGAACACUCCCCGGAAUUCUUCUUUCAGUCUUCCCUGGCCCUGCGGGCACAAAUAAAUCCCUUCGCUCCUCCUGCAGCUCCUUUCUGUGUUGCCUUUGGUAUCUGUUCCAGACCUUCCCCACCCUCCCUUCCUUCCCUUGCUCCUGCCCCAAAGGGAAGACUGCCGCCGCCAGCCUUUGAUUCUGUAAGCACAGCAGCGUCCACGUCUAGCCUGACCUCUCAGAUGUCUGAGUGCCAACCUGACAGUCUCAGUACAGCUAAAGAGAAAUGUCUGGUUCCAGAAACAGAACUAGAAAUGAGUAUGCCUUGAUGCAUAUCACAGAGCUACAUAUAUGAGUGCGCUUUAGACCCCUCUGCCUAUAAGGGAGACGUGAAGGAAGAUUAGCAUACCAAGGGAGGAAGAAGUUCCCAUCACUUUGGACGUGAACCGGGGUCACAAGUCUAGGGAAAAUUGUUCCUAAGGACCCUGUGCCCUUAUGAUCACCAGAUUCUGUAAACAUAGUUUACCUUAUUAGGCUUAACUCAUUAGGCUCCUCUCCUCUUAAUCUUACCAUAUUAGGCUCCUCUGCUUUGUUUGGUACUGUUAAUAGCUCUUUCCUUCUGGAAAUUUCUAUCACCUGACUUUCACGGCUGCCCCUCUUCUGGUUCUCCUUGGUCCCCUCUGCCGUCCCCUUUCCAUCUCCUUCACAGUCUUCAUCUUCCUGUACUUAGAGUUGGCCUUCCCUAGGGGACCCCUCCUGACUGCUCAUCCUCCUGGAGUGGUUUCAUUUAAACAUUUUCUUUUAGUGGGGGUUCCUCCGAAGCAGAUGAAAUUCUUGUUAAAGAGAUUUGUUAGGAAGAAGUCUCAGGAGGGAAAAAUGGAAGGGAGAAUGGACAGUCAAGCUGGGUGCCAUGAUAUCAAGUCAGGUUAUACAGGAGUGCUCUGGAGGCAGUGUGGGUCAGCUUCAGAGUGGUCCCCAUCAGGGGCAAGGAGCCCAGAGUGCGAAUGUCCCAGCACCUGUCAUCAUUGCUGAGAGAGAAAUGCAUUCCAGGUGCUUCUGGUUCUUGUGUUCACAGGCACAAUAGGCUCAGGCAACCUGAGGGCCACAUCUGACAAAGAGUCACAGAGAACAUGCCAAGAGCUUAUGUGAACACAAAUGAUGAAGGGGUCCCAUGGGAUAUGAGUGGGGCAUGGGCACAGCUGGCCACACCUCUUGUCUGUGCUGCAGGCUCCCAAACCUCCAGCUCUCUCUUAAAGAUCAGAUAUGGAUGCUGAACUGUCCAUCUGACACCAUCUCUCCCUGGUGGCUCAGAUGGUAAAGAAUCUGCCUGCAAUGCUGGAGACCCAGGCUCGAUCCCUGGGUUGGGAAGAUCCCCUGGCGAAGGGAAUGGUUA